ACCAAUCAAAAACAAGUACACAGAGGAUGGUUAAAAAUCUCUCUGGCCUCCAUCCCACUAUAUAAACUCACUACUCGCUACUGCAGUUUACAUCGAUUUCAUUGCAGUCUCCAUGGAUGAAACUGUGCGCCCUCAUAAUCCAACACCCGCUCACCAUUCGCUCCUCCGUAUCACUCAGGUUAAUAUUUGUGGUGAGGUAGCCAAGAAUGGAUGUUGUUACAACGUCAAUGUUCAUAACAUUUCCAGAGGAUCUACGCCAUGGUCAACUCUUAUCUGGGCAAGGACCCACAUGAACAAGUUCCAGUCCUAUUCCCAUGAUAAGGAUGGCACUCAUUUAGGAUCAGUCACAAAAGAUGAUGUUCCCUUGGCUUACACUGAUAUCUUGCCUAAUGAUUCAUUAUGUCAAGGAGAAAUAUCUGUGAAUGGCUUUGGGUACCCAAGAAGGAGGUUUGUACGAUAAACACGUGGAAUCAACUAAAUCUGACGAUAACAUAUCAGGAGAAAGGAAGGAUCUUUCUUAUAGAGUUGACACAAAUCAUUCAAACUUCAUUGGUAUAGAAGACCUGGAUAAUUAUGAUAUUGUCUUCGGAGAUCAAAAAUGGCAUUCUAGUGAUACCCAUUUCUCAUACCGAUAUGAUGAUCUAUUCCCUCAUUUGCCUACAAAUAAGGAUGUUGAGGAAGAAGAAAUCUUAGGAGAGGUUUUGGAUUUCAUCCCUGAAGAUGAUAUGUUAACUGUGGAGAAGACAGGUUGUGAGCCUGAAGAUGUUAUGGUAUUAGACCAGGACAUUCAAAUGACAACAAU